CAAUGAACCAAAUGAUGCUUCCAUGAUGUACACAAUUCUUCUUGAACUUGUCAUUAAAAAUAGAAAGUUGCGCUCGUUGACGUUCUCUGAAUAUUCCUGCACGUCUCAUCAAAUUAGAAUCGUGUAGACAUGCCUCCACGAUUUUGUUGGACGUACAGAAAAGCUUUUCUAUAUAACCCAUGACCUCAUUUCUUACAACACAAACCAAAACAAGAAAAACUAACCAACGUAGUUAGGCGUUGGUAGAGAAAAACAAAAUCGCAAUGAGAUCUUCUUCUAGGAUGGGGACUUCGGCCCAUCUCAUUUACGCUCUAGGCGUUAUCAUCAUGGCAAAUAUGGUUGCUGCGUAUGAGCCAAGUACAUAUAGCUUGCCACCACUCCCGUCAUAUUCACCAUCUCCGAAGGUAGAAUACAACACUCCUCCACUACCAAAUGUUUACAAUUCUCCAUCACCGCCACCAACAUACUAUUCCCCAUCACCAAAAGUCGACUACAAAUCUCCUCCACCACCGUAUGUAUACACUUCUCCUCCACCACCACCAUAUUACUCACCGUCACCAAAGGUUGAGUACAAGUCUCCUCCUCCACCAUAUGUAUACAAUUCUCCACCACCACCAUAUUAUUCACCAUCUCCUAAGGUAGAAUACAAGUCUCCACCACCACCGUAUGUUUACAGUUCUCCACCACCACCUCCUUACUACUCUCCAUCACCAAAGGUAGACUAUAAGUCUCCUCCACCACCAUAUGUUUACAGUUCCCCACCACCACCACCAUACUACUCACCAUCUCCGAAAGUCGAGUACAAGUCUCCUCCACCACCGUAUGUCUACAGUUCCCCGCCGCCACCACCAUACUACUCACCAUCUCCUAAAGUUGAGUACAAGUCUCCUCCACCACCGUAUGUCUACAGUUCCCCACCACCUCCACCAUACUACUCACCAUCUCCUAAAGUUGAGUACAAGUCUCCUCCACCACCUCCAUACUACUCACCAUCUCCUAAGGUUGAAUACAAGUCUCCUCCUCCACCAUAUGUCUACAGUUCCCCACCACCACCGCCAUACUACCCUCCAUCUCCUAAGGUAGACUAUAAGUCUCCUCCACCACCAUAUGUUUAUAGUUCCCCACCACCACCACCAUACUACUCUCCAUCCCCGAAAGUUGAGUACAAGUCUCCUCCCCCACCGUAUGUCUACAACUCCCUACCACCACCACCAUACUACUCACCAUCUCCAAAGGUUGAGUACAAGUCUCCGCCACCACCAUAUGUUUACAGUUCCCCACCACCACCACCAUAUUACUCACCAUCCCCAAAAGUUGAGUACAAGUCUCCUCCACCACCAUAUGUCUACAGUUCCCCACCACCACCCCCGUACUACUCACUAUCCCCUAUAGUUGAUUACAAGUCUCCACCACCAUACGUUUACAGUUCUCCACCACCACCAUAUUACUCACCAUCUCCUAAGGUUGAAUACAAGUCUCCUCCUCCACCAUAUGUCUACAGUUCCCCACCACCACCGCCAUACUACUCUCCAUCUCCUAAGGUAGAGUACAAGUCUCCUCCACCACCAUAUGUAUACAGUUCUCCACCACCACCAUAUUACUCACCAUCUCCCAAAGUCGUAUACAAAUCUCCUCCACCGCCAUAUGUAUAUAGUUCUCCUCCACCACCAUACUAUUCACCUUCACCUAAAGUACACUACAAAUCUCCUCCACCACCAUAUGUUUACAGUUCUCCACCACCACCAUACUACUCACCUUCCCCUAAAGUAUACUACAAAUCUCCACCCCCACCAUAUGUUUAUAGCUCUCCACCACCACCAUACUACACACCAUCCCCUAAAGUUCACUACAAGUCGCCACCGCACCCACAUGUAUGUGUUUGUCCACCACCUCCUCCAUGCUAUGCUCCUUCACCAAAAAUAGUAUAUGAAUCUCCUCCACCACCAUAUGUCUACAAUUCUCCACCACCACCAUACUACUCUCCAUCUCCUAAAGUAUACUACAAAUCUCCUCCACCACCAUACUACUCACCUUCCCCAAAGGUAUAUUACAAGUCUUCUCCACCACCAUAUGUCUACAAUUCUCCACCACCACCAUAUUACUCACCAUCCCCUAAGGUACACUACAAGUCUCCACCACCACCUUCAUAUUACUGAAAAGCAGUAAAUGCGAGUUUUAAAUAAGCUACGACUACGAGUUUUAUUUGAUUUCAUAUUUUUUCUUAAUAUAACAUGUAUGCAACUUGUUUCAGUUUCUUUGGAAUGUUGAUUAAUAAUUUGGGUUUAUACCUUCUUCAUAUGUUGUGUUUUCUUUAAUUUAAUUUAAUUUGUGCAAAGAGUGUUUGUGUGGUUUGUUUGUAGUCCUUUGCACAUGGCGAAUAUGUAUUUCUAUUUUGAAUAUGUAUUUCCAUUUGAUUUCAUCUGAAAAUAUAAUAUUUUAAAUUCAUAUGACUAAUAUCAUAUGUUUUUGUCAUAA